AUGGGAGAGCCUGGCCCAACAACACGGGCCCUAAAGCAUGGAAGGUUCCCCCACUUUGUGCGAGACCCUAAGGGCAUCGACCGACCACAGUAUUCCAACCCUCCUGUGCAGGGAGAAGUGAUGGACAGUGCUGACAACCAGGAUGCAGGGGAGCAAGGCAGACUAGCCAGACAUGUUACAAUUCAGAAAACACAGGUAAAUAAUCUUCAGUCUCCGGGUGUGCAAAGGGUCUGCACCCUGCAGGACUUGCUGUAUCAGAGCAAGCGUGUCUCUUUACACUGCAAUCUGAAUGAGCAUAACUACCACCUCAUCAACGACUUCACUAUCAAGCAGAUGAGGCAAGGAGCAUUGCUUGACAAUGCUGCCCUAGGUGGUCUGGUGGAUGAGAAAGCCUUAGCUCGGGCCCUCAAAGAAGGAGGAACUCGAGAAACAGCCCUCAACAUGCACCAGUCUGAGCACUUUAGCUUUGCUCGGGGCCCAUUGAAAGAUGCACCAAAUCACAUCUGCAUGCCGCACACAGCCUGGUACAGUGAACAAGCAUCACUGGUGAUGAGGCAAACAGCUGCCACUGAGAUCCACUGAGCUAUCAGUCGCAUGCCGAAAAGCUUGAGAAACAGUGUCAACAAAGCAUUCUUCAUUACUUCAGCUCUUCGGUCAGUCAUCGACCAGCAAGCAAUUCAUCCCGAGCUCAAUGGUGACACAUACAGGCAUCCACUAGGCAUCCUUGGUGUGGCUCCAGGAGGGCUUCCUGCUGUUAUGGAAGGAAUCAUCCCUGGAGGCAUCCCGGUGACUCACAACCUCCCAACAGUGGCACACCCUUCUCAAGCUUCCUCCUCCAAUCAGCCCACAAAACACGGAGACAGUGGACAGCACCCCAGGGAGCAAUAG